UGAGUUGAGCUGUGUUUGGGCUGUGGAGGACACACACGUGGGGAGACUUAAGAAUGGUGCGGAUUAAAGCCAGGUAUCUGCUGUGUGAGGUGUGUGUGUCGGACUCGAGCAGUUUGCGGUUGUUGGAGGAGAAGGCGGUGUAUCAGGCGGUGAGGGCGGCGGUGAUUAAAGCGCAUGGAGAGUACGGAGCCGCUCUCUUCAGCAUCGGGUCUACAGUGACGUACCUGAACGCGUACACCGGUGUGGUGAUCCUGCGCUUCCGGAAAGCUCACUAUCAGCUCCUGUGGUCUGCUCUGCCCUUCAUCACCAACAUAUUCAGCCACGGUCAGAAAGUGCAGUGCUUCUUCAACUGCAUACACGUCGGGGGUACCAUCAGAACGUGUCAGAAGUUCCUCGUGCGAUACGGGAGACAGCAGCUGUGCCGAAUGCUGCCGCACUGUAAGACUGAGGCUGAAAAACAGGAGGUGAGGAGAGCUGUGUUGAGCUGCUCACUCAAAAAGUUAAGAGUGGAUGGCGAUGAUGAAGAGGAGGAAGACGGUGAUGAAGGUGGUGCUGAUGAUGGUGAAGCGGCAGGAACCUGAUUAUUCAUCACACCAGAGACGUGCAGAGACACGCUUUUCUGUAUAAUUAUAAUUUAAAGCCCCAACCAGGUCAAGUUUCAGUUCUCUGUUAAGCCUCAGUGUUUAUUCCGGACACUUGGAAUCUUUCUGGAGGCAAAUACCUACUGUAAAGACACAUCUUAUCAUAUAUUUGAUGUAAAAUAACUUUCUUUCCAUGAAUGUAAUAAGCUUGUUAUUAUGUUAUUAUAAUAUAUCCUCUGCCUCAUCUGGACUGACUGAUGAAGUUUCUUAUUUUGUUGUAAAUACUGCUGCAUAAUAAUAAUAAUAAUAAAAAGAAAAACAGCAUGGUCGUUAGAAACAUUAUAAUCAAUACAUGAUCAUGAAACGUGGAAUGUAAUAUGAAUUACCACCAAAUAUUAUAACGCAAUAAUAACACGUUAAGAACAACAUACCCGUUUUGGUUCCAUUCAUGUUAUUUUUUUAUCCCAC